AAAAAUCAUCAUAAUACAAAGCUACUGCCCUACUCUCUCUCAGUUCUCAUCUCUCAACUCAAAAUCCUCCCCGGUUGAGCUCAGUUGACAUGGAACUUAGCAUCAUCCAUUUGUGGAUAUCAUCAUUCACUCAAACCAUCACUGAAUCGUAUAUUGUAUUAACCCAUUUGCGAGUUAUCCCCACUUUCUCUUUGGCUUACUGACGCUUGAUUCUCAAACCACAUAAAAUGGCAAAUGCUUUGUGCUUGAUUCGGCAAAUAGCUGCAAAUUCCUCCCCUCGAAGAAUUCUCUCUACUUUCCCUUUCCAAACUACCAGUUUUCCCCAAAUAUGGAAUAAUGUUUCUAUCCAUUUUAUGUUUUUCUCGACCAAUAACCCAUUUGAUCAUUACGAUGACACUGUUCGCGAAUUUUCCAUGAUUCUGAAGCGUAAAGAUUGGCAGAUCCUUUUAAACAACGAGGACAAUGUGAGGAAGCUAAACCCAGAAAUUGUUUGCUCUGUUCUACAGAAGAGCGAAAUCGAUGACUCUGUGCGGCUUCAGAAUUUCUUCUAUUGGUCGAGUUCAAAAAUGAGUACGCCACAAUACUUGCAUUCGUAUUCGAUUCUUGCAAUUCGUCUUUGUAAUUCUGGGCUAAUACACCAAGCCGAUAACAUGCUUGAGAAAUUGCUCCAGACCCGUAAGCCACCUUUGGAGAUUUUGGAUUCAUUGGUUAGGUGCUAUAGAGAAUUUGGUGGGUCUAAUUUGACUGUUUUUGAUAUUUUUAUCGAUAAAUUUAGGGUCUUGGGGUUUUUGAAUGAGGCCUCUAGUGUUUUUAUAGCUUCCAUUAGUGAAGGGUUCUUUCCCACCUUGAUAUGCUGUAAUAAUUUGAUGAGGGAUUUGUUGAAGGCUAACAUGAUGGGGUUGUUUUGGAAGGUGUAUGGAAGUAUGGUGGAGGCUAAGAUAGUCCCAGAUGUUUAUACAUACACUAAUGUGAUCAAGGCACAUUGCAAAGUUGGUGAUGUUAUCAAGGGAAAGAUGGUUCUUUCUGAGAUGGAGAAGGAAUGUAAACCUAAUUUGUUCACCUACAAUGCAUUUAUUGGAGGUUUAUGUCAGACUGGAGCUGUUGACGAAGCUUUAGAGGUAAAGAAAUUGAUGAUGGAGAAGGGUUUGGGUCCGGAUGGCCAUACUUAUACUUUACUCGUUGAUGGGUUUUGCAAACAGAAGAGAUCAAAAGAAGCAAAAUUGAUAUUUGAAAGUAUGCCUAGUUCAGGUUUAAAUCCUAAUCGUUUUACCUACACUGCUUUGAUUGAUGGAUUCAUAAAAGAAGGGAAUAUUGAAGAGGCAUUGAGGAUCAAAGAUGAGAUGAUUACUCGUGGACUUAAGUUGAACGUUGUAACUUAUAAUGCAAUGAUCGGGGGCAUUGCUAAGGCUGGUGAGAUGGCGAAAGCAAUGUCUCUUUUCAAUGAGAUGUUGAUGGCUGGCCUAGAACCAGAUACCUGGACCUACAACUUACUGAUUGAUGGAUAUUUGAAGUCUCAUGAUAUGGCUAAAGCUUGUGAGCUACUAGCUGAGAUGAAAGCAAGGAAAUUGACGCCAUCACCGUUCACUUAUAGUGUGCUUAUUAGUGGCCUUUGUCAUUCCAGUGAUUUACAAAAGGCUAACGAAGUUUUGGACCAGAUGAUCAGAAACGGGGUGAAACCGAAUGUUUUUAUGUAUGGUACCUUGAUUAAGGCAUAUGUCCAAGAAAGUAGAUAUGAAAUGGCAAUAGAAUUACUAAAAAUAAUGAUUGCAAAUGGGGUCCUGCCUGAUUUGUUUUGCUACAAUUGUCUUAUAAUUGGUCUUUGUAGAGCCAAAAAGGUGGAAGAAGCAAAAAUGUUGCUUGUUGAUAUGGGUGAGAAAGGAAUAAAACCUAAUGCACAUACUUAUGGGGCUUUUAUUAAUUUAUAUAGUAAAUCAGGAGAAAUCCAAGUUGCAGAGAGGUAUUUCAAAGACAUGCUAUCUUCUGGUAUAGUGCCUAACAACGUAAUCUAUACUAUUUUAAUUAAGGGGCAUUGCGAUGUUGGAAAUACGGUAGAAGCUUUGUCAACUUUCAAAUGCAUGCUUGAGAAAGGGUUGAUUCCUGACAUCCGAGCAUAUAGUGCAAUCAUUCACAGUCUCUCGAAGAAUGGGAAAACCAAAGAAGCCAUGGGGGUUUUCUUAAAAUUCCUUAAGACGGGUGUGGUGCCCGAUGUUUUUUUAUACAACUCCCUUAUAUCUGGUUUCUGCAAGGAAGGUGAUAUUGAGAAGGCAUCCCAACUUUAUGACGAGAUGCUUCAUAAUGGAAUUAAUCCCAACAUUGUCGUAUACAAUACCUUAAUUAAUGGAUUGUGCAAGCUAGGUGAGGUAACGAAAGCUAGGGAACUUUUUGAUGAAAUUGAAGAAAAAGAUUUGGUUCCCGAUGUUGUGACUUAUUCAACAAUCAUAGAUGGAUAUUGCAAAUCUGGAAACUUAACCGAGGCAUUUAAACUGUUUGAUGAGAUGAUAUCAAAAGGAAUUUCUCCUGAUGGUUACAUCUACUGUAUCCUCAUUGACGGUUGCGGCAAGGAGGGAAAUUUGGAGAAGGCACUUUCAUUAUUUCACGAAGCCCAGCAGAAAAGUGUUGGUUCCCUUUCUGCUUUCAACUCUUUGAUUGAUAGUUUCUGCAAACAUGGAAAAGUGAUUGAAGCGAGGGAGUUGUUCGAUGAUAUGGUAGAUAAAAAAUUGACACCGAAUAUUGUGACAUACACGAUUCUGAUCGAUGCAUACGGCAAAGCAGAAAUGAUGGAGGAGGCAGAGCAGCUUUUUCUAGAUAUGGAAACGAGAAAUAUCAUACCAAAUACUCUUACAUAUACUUCACUUUUACUCAGUUAUAACCAGAUAGGAAAUAGAUUUAAGAUGAUUUCAUUGUUUAAGGAUAUGGAAGCUAGGGGGAUUGCGUGUGAUGCAAUAGCAUAUGGUGUGAUGGCUAGUGCCUACUGCAAGGAAGGAAAAUCUCUUGAAGCCUUGAAGCUGCUCAACAAAAGCUUGGUCGAGGGUAUAAAGUUGGAGGAUGAUGUGUUCGACGCAUUAAUAUUUCACCUCUGCAAGGAAAAACAAAUAUCUACAGUACUGGAGUUGCUUAGUGAAAUGGGAAAAGAAGAACUUUCUCUUAGCUCUAAGACAUGUAAUACUCUUUUACUUGGUUUUUACAAGUCAGGUAAUGAAGACGAAGCUUCAAAGGUUCUUGGCGUUAUGCAAAGAUUGGGAUGGGUUCCAACCUCUUUAAGCUUGACUGAUUCGAUCAGUACUGGUAGAGAUGAUAUGAAAUCCGAUAUUUCCCAAGUAUUGUAAUGCAAGCAGGGUCCAAGUAGUCCAUUACUGGAAACUGUUCUGUUUGUUUGAUAUGUUCUGAUUUAUUCCUCGUUUGAGCACUAAAGAUGAUGAUGGCGUAAGCAGAAUGCUAGUGAAGUUCAACUCUCACUUGGCUACUAGCUGACACACGGGGAAACAACGAGCUUCAUUUUUGCAACAUCAAGUAUAAAUUUUGUCGUUUUGUAACGAGAUAUGGAAUCUAUUGCUGAAGUUCAGUCACCGAACUGGGAAUCUUUAGACCACUAUUGGAAGAGGGAAAAUCUGCAGGCCUUCUGCAAUAGGUCCUCUUUUAUUAGCUCUCUAAUUUUGCUGAAUUGAAACUUAUGCAUUCAUUUGAAGUCCAUAUUAUCCAGUUUGGUUUGUAGAGCAUGCAACAAGCUGACAAUGCUGCUACUUUAGUCCUGCGUAGUUCAGCGAAAAUGGCGAGCAGGCAUUGCUUGAACACUACUUCGGAUAUGUGCAACAGUUCAUGGAAAAUGUUAUGCAGAUGCUUGCUCUUUAUCAAUGUCUUUCCAUGAUCUCUGACUGGUUUAUAUCAUCUUUCAUAUAUUUUUUUUCCUCCCUUAAUCUAAUAGUCUUCCAUAGAUUUGCAAUU